AUGGGUGCCGUUGUAUCUUGCAUAACAUCCGUCUUCCGGACCAUCGGAAACUGCCUGAUGGCCAUCGUCAACGGCAUCGGCAGCAUCCUCCACGCCAUCAUCGGCGGUAUCGUCAGCCUCUUCGAUAUCAUCAUCUCAUGCCUCACCUGCGGUCGCACCUCGCGACGACGACGC